GGGCGCGCGCGGAACUGCGGCGGGCUGCAUCUCAGCUACUGUCCCAGAGCGGCUCUGACUCCGGCCAGAGCACGGCCAGACUAAUUUUAGAAAAUGCCAAGUAGGAAAUUUGCUGAUGGUGAAGUGGUCAGAGGUCGAUGGCCUGGGAGCUCCCUUUAUUAUGAGGUAGAGAUUUUGAGCCAUGACAGCAAAUCCCAGCUCUAUACCGUCAAAUACAAAGAUGGAACUGAACUUGAACUGAAGGAGAAUGACAUCAAGCCUUUAACAUCCUUUAGGCAAAGGAAAAGUGGUUCAACUUCCAGCUCUCCCUCCAGACGCCGAGGGAGCCGUGGGAGCCGGUCAAGAUCACGCUCUCGAUCCCCUGGCAGGGCACCGAAAAGUUCCAGAAGAUCUGCCUCUGCUUCCCACCAGGCUGACAUUAAGGAAAUGAGAAGGGAAAUUUUGGAAGUUAAAUUGACCCCACUUGUGUUGAAGCCAUUUGGAAACAGCAUCAGCAUAUACAAUGGUGAGCCAGAACGCACCGAGAAGAGUGACAUUCCUCACAAAAGCAUGCAGUAUCAAAGCGCUUUUUCAUCUGGGGAAAGAUUCAUUUUAUCACCAGAAGGCAGUUACAUAUCUACACAGUAUAGCCUUCGUCCAAGAAGAGAAGAGACCAAAGUCAAAGGAACAGAUUACGAGGAAGAAAAGCUUGUUACAAAAGGACCUGCACCUUUGAGAAUCUCUGAAGUGGUCACCCCACAGAGGAAGGACUUGGAGUUUGGAGGAGCACCUGGUGCAUUCUUCAUCAUGCUGGGCUUACCUGGUUCCCUGUUCCUGUUGCUUUUGCUGUGUAGACAGAACGAUCCCAGUCUGUUGAGUUUUCCUCCUCCUUUGCCAACUUUGGAUGAAUUAUGGGAAACCAGAGUGUGUGGUGUCUACCUCCUCUGGUUUUUUGUUCAAGCUCUGUUCUACCUCCUACCAGUUGGGAAGGUUGUAGAAGGAACACCUCUUGUCAGUGGAAGAAGACUCAAGUAUAGACUAAAUGGAUUCUAUGCUUUUAUCCUGACAUGUGCAGUUGUGGGAACAUCUCUCUUUGGGGGUGUUGAGCUGCAUUACGUGUACACCCAUUUCCUUCCAUUGGCACUUGCAGCCACUGUAUUUUCGGUGAUCUUGAGUGUUUAUCUCUACGUUCACUCUUUGAAGGCCCCCAGGGAUGAGCUGUCACCUGCCAGUUCUGGAAAUGCUGUUUAUGAUUUCUUCAUUGGCCGUGAAUUAAAUCCUCGAAUUGGUACUUUUGAUCUCAAAUACUUUUGUGAAUUGCGUCCUGGAUUGAUUGGAUGGGUGAUUAUUAAUUUGGUGAUGCUUCUGGCUGAAAUGAAAGUACAGAAACGUGCUGCUCCAUCCUUGGCAAUGAUUUUAGUUAACAGUUUUCAGCUCUUAUACGUGGUGGAUGCUCUCUGGAAUGAGGAAGCGUUGUUGACAACCAUGGACAUCAUCCACGAUGGCUUUGGGUUCAUGCUGGCCUUUGGGGAUUUAGUGUGGGUCCCUUUCACCUACAGCCUCCAGGCCUUUUACCUGGUCAACCAUCCCCAUGAUCUGUCCUGGCCAUUGGCUUCUGUCAUCGUUGCUCUGAAACUUUGUGGAUAUGUAAUCUUCCGAUGUUCAAACUCUCAGAAAAAUGCAUUCCGGAAAAAUCCCACUGACCCAAAGCUUGCACAUUUAAAAACCAUUCAUACUUCCACGGGAAAGAAUCUGCUGGUUUCUGGGUGGUGGGGCUUUGUUCGCCAUCCUAAUUACUUGGGUGAUCUCAUCAUGGCUCUGGCGUGGUCCCUCCCUUGUGGCUUUGAUCACCUCCUGCCUUACUUCUAUGUCAUCUACUUCACCGUGCUGCUUAUCCACCGUGAAGCACGGGACGAGCACCAGUGCAGGAGGAAGUACGGCCUGGCCUGGGAGAAGUACUGCCAGCGCGUGCCGUACCGCAUGUUCCCCUACAUCUACUGACCGUGCACAUGCGCCUGCACUUCAGACUCCACUCGCAAAAACAAGGGAGAAAUCCAAAGUCAGCUUUGUUGCACUGACAGGUUUUUUUAAGUUUGUUUGAGUCAGGACUGUAGAGCCAAAUCGUAGGUCUUUUUAAUAUAGUUGUGUUUAUCUUACUAAAUUAUAAGGAAAAUAAAUAUAAAGAUACUAGAAUCUGCUUGUUAGUAGGAAAAUUUUAAUCCCUAAAAAUCUGAAAAGUCUGGUAAGUGCACUGAGAAGAAUACUAUGAUGUUUGUAGUUUGUUUUUUUUUUUAAUUUCCUUUCAAAUUUUUAUUUAUUUUUCCUUUUUGUUAUUUGAGUUGUUUUUUGUUUUUUUUUUUUAAUGAAAACACUGUUUUGGUUAAAGUACAUAUAUGUUUCAUUGCAUUAAGAGAAUAGAAUUUUCCUUUCUCUUUAAAGUCAAUUUCUUAGUAUGAGUCAGGAAAAAAUAAUGGUGUAUGUGAAGAGUGAGGACAGAUUACUUGCAGACCCUGUUUAAGGGAGACCUGUCAGAGCAGUUGGUGUGACCUCAGCCUCUAAAGCUGCAUUUGAAAUGUAAAUACAUAGCUUGCUUUUGUGUAAUAUAUGGUGACUUCAUAUUUUUCUGUACAGUAUUUUGAAUGAGAUAAUUGUCAGGAACCAAGUAGCUUUUUAACAACAAUAACAACAAAAAACCAUUCUCAGUGUUUUGUAAAGUAAUAUGAAUUAAAAAGUUUGGAGCAGUUCAUUUACUAUUGUAUAGAAGAUGCUGUUAAAACAUAGGAAAAUUAUUUUUCUUUAUCCAAAGUUUGAAUUUGGCUUUGCUACCUCAAUUUGCAGGUGUGUUUCCCUUUUUAAACUGUUGCAAAUAGAAAAAAUAUAUAUUUUUGGAAUAACAGCACUAUUUAAACAUUUUUAUACACAUUGGUGUUUGAAAAUUUGCCAUUUUGGCCAUUAUUUUAUAUAUAUAUUUUUGACUUAAAAUUCAGCAGUGUUUUUGCUACUGUUUAGCUCAGUUUAUACUGCAUUUUUAUAUCCUUUAUAUCUAAAAAACUCUGUAUUAAAAAGUUCUAUCUUAAAAACAAUUUUAAGGGGCUAGUUUACAUUUGUUUCUCUCUCAGCUUAAUAGAUAUGCAAGAGGCAGCACUAGCCAUUGAGUUCCAAUGAAGUCGAUUAGUCUCAUCAUUGUAAUUGUCCUGUAACAGGACAAAUGGCAAAUUCACUAGACUUGUAUUCACAGCUUAGUUGUCCCAGUAUCUUACACAUAAGGGAUGUAAUGCAUGCAGUGGGUGUGUUUAAUUACAAAUGGAGCCAUUUAGAUUACAGUGUCCAUUCUAUUCUGCAGUUGAGACUGUGUACAUUAGCUUUAUUAAUGUGAUUAUGAAGAUUGUUUGCUCUGAGCAUUCUGCAUUCUAGAAUCUGUAGACAUUGGAUGGAACUGUCAGUGUUGUACUAGUACUGAUGUAUGCAAGCAGGUUGUUUUUAUUAUGUGCUUCUCCUGGCUUCAGAAAGCUGCAUCAGCACUUUCUGUGCUGAACUUCCUGAGAAGACUUUGAGGAGAAGAGACACUGGACUCUUUGCCUGCUAGUGAGAGGAAUGUGGUGUUAACACGGUGCUACAGUUUCUGGAUAUAGGUGCAAUUUGUUUUUAAUUUGGAGGUAUUUGGUAAGCUUUGUGAUAAAAUUUUAAGUUGGAAACAAAGUUGAAAAUUAAAAAAAAUAUUGCUUUGAUCA